AAACCUGAUCGAAAAACUGUUGCUGGUGCUGCUACAUCGGCGAUCACGACAAACACUACAAUGAUAUGCCAAAUCGAGAUACGAAGAAUUGUAUUAUUUGGUCAAGAUUUGUCAGUCGGGUACUGAGAGAAAGACCAAUUGUGGAUCAGAGCAGUUUAAUUUUUCGAUAUCCUUUAUAAUCCGGCAGUGUGCUUUGACAAUGAUUUGUCAGAAGUUAUUAUUGACGGUUUUCCUUGUACACAAUGUGUACGCCUUUAUUAAUCCGUAUCCAAAACUGGCCAGUUACCCGUUGAAAGAAGGAGAUGAUGCCGGCGAACCGUUGUUUCUAACGCCUCUAAUAGAAGCCGGGAAAAUUGACGAGGCCAGAAAAUUAGCAACAGUUCGGCAUGAUGAAAUGUUCGACGUUCCGAGCUACUCCGGGUAUUUUACUGUCAAUAAGGAGUACCAAUCAAAUACCUUCUUUUGGUUCUUCCCGUCGCAGGUCAACCCAAAAUCUGCUCCAGUAGUGUUAUGGCUGCAGGGUGGUCCAGGAGCAACAUCACUGUUUGGUUUGUUCACGGAAAACGGUCCGUUCCAAGUGACGAGUAACAAGACUUUGGCGCUACGCAAAUAUUCGUGGACAAAAGCGCACAGCGUAUUGUACAUCGACAAUCCUGUUGGGACAGGUUACAGUUUCACGAAGAAUGACAAAGGAUACGCGACAAAUGAGACUCACGUUGGCAGAGAUGUUCACACAGCGCUGGUCCAGUUUUUCACCUUAUUCCCCGAGUUGCAAGAGAAUGAUUUCUUCGUUACAGGAGAAUCCUAUGGAGGAAAAUACGUCCCAGCAGUUUCGCAUGCCAUAAAAGACUUCAAUAUCAAGGCAAAACUGAAGAUAAACCUGAAGGGAUUGGCCAUCGGGAACGGCCUCACUGAUCCAGAGAACCAGCUAGUCUAUGGAGAUUACUUGUACCAGAUUGGACUGAUUGAUUCGCACGGCAGGGAUUUGUUCCACCAGCUUGAGGACAAAGGGCGCAAAUUGAUUCAGGCCAAGAAGUUCGACGAAGCUUUCGACGUAUUUGAUCAGCUGCUGAACGGUGACCUGCAUGGCGGUUCCUUGUUUCACAAUCUGACCGGCUUCGACUUCUACUUCAACUACUUGCACAUCGCAGAUAGCAAGGAAUCCGACUGGAUGUCGGAAUGGGUGCAACGAGUCGACGUUCGUCGAGCCAUUCAUGUGGGGAACAAUUCUUUUCACACGGAGGAUAAGACAGUCGAAAUACACUUGAAAAGCGAUGUAAUGCAGUCAUUAGCAGUACUCAUAGCGGACUUGACACAACACUAUCGCGUUUUGCUCUACAAUGGGCAAUUGGACAUCAUAGUUGCUUAUCCGACGACCGAAAAUUACCUCAAGAAUCUUAAUUGGCCCGGUGCUGAGGUAUACAAAAAGGCUGUCAGGAAGCAGUGGUGGGUGGGCAAGGAACUCGCUGGAUAUUCAAAAACUGCUGGGAGUUUAACUGAAGUUCUGGUUCGUAAUGCCGGUCAUAUGGUUCCAUCCGAUCAGCCUCGUUGGGCCCUUGAUUUGAUCACUAGAUUUAUCAGAAACAAAUCAUUCUAAAUCUUAAAUAUCUCAGCAUCCUAAUAUAUAGUGGAGCGGCAAUAUAAGCCUUAUCAUUAGAAGCCCCUGAUAUUUCCCCACCAUGUGCAUCACCGGUCUUCUCUCAUCGACGUGGUUGAAACAGCUAGUGUAACUGCUAUAGCAUUGCUGUGGUGGGAGCUCGCUCGAGACCGCACUAGCCGUGCAACAGCAAGGAGUAGGGAUGACUAUUACAGUCCUGUCACAGUCCCAACAGCAAGAAUAUAAUGAUGCUCCACCGGACUCUGAGAUUUUGGAUGGGAGACAGGAUUGAUAGCGAUCAAUUGUUGUGAGCAAACAUUGACAAAAUGAUUCUACUCGCUUUUGUAGUCUUUUUUUCAGUGUGUAGAAGCCGAAGGAUAUUUUUUUUUUUUAUAUAAGCAUUUGAAACCCAUAUAAGAGUUUAUAUCUGCAUACAUUGAUUCAGUUUACAAUAGUUUUACAAUGGUUGGUGUAGUUGUUUUACAUAUUUGUACUGAGGUAUGCCAGUUCAUACUUUUAGGUUACAUUUACUUCGAAAGCACUGGAUAUAGCUUCAAGCUCUUAAGUUUGGUUCACAAAUUAACGAUUCAAUAUUCAAUGGCGGGCGUAAGUUACACUUUGAUAGAUUGCUCUAAAAUUAUGUUUUUUGUUGGUCUAGCAAUACGCAUUGCCAUAGUACACGAUUAAUGUUUUGUUCAAAUUCGCCACAAUCGCAUGUCGGGUUGUCUAUAACAUUUAUGUGAAAAAGAAAGGCACCUAGGUGGUAGUGAUGCGCUCUGCAAUGAUUUAUCGUGAUUACACAUUCUCUUUAAAGGUCUUUGUUGUGGAACCAAGGUUUACAAUUUUCACGAAAGUAGUGUGUGAAGUAUUGUGUAUCUUUAGUUUGACCUUGUUUUUUUAUAACUUUAUUUGUUUGUGUAUAAGCAUUUUUAUUUGAAGGUUUCAAAGAGGUAGGUGUGGGGAAUUUGUGAGAAAUUUACAAGUGUUUUGUUUGUUGCAGUUUUAGCUAGUGUGUCAACGUUUUAAUUUCCUUCGCUUCCGAUGUGAGAAGGAAUCCAAAAAAAUUUAACGUUUUGUGGGCGUUUUGAGAAACAAAUAAGUUGUAUUUAUACUUGAUUUUGAACAUUAGAGGGUGUGUUGAAGUAGAAGGUUUGGAACUUGCGAUACUUUAAAGAGCACUGAGGGAAUCACAGGAAAUGAAAGCGUUAUCAUCUGUGCAAGAGAGUGGUAUAUCCAUUGCUUAGUUUAGGGCAGUGCAUUCGGCGGUGUAAGCUAAGGCAUGUUUAAUCAAACUUUUUUGUAUUUCUACGUUUUCAUCGGGCAGGAGCAGGCAGCGCCUACGAGUAAAUUGUCGUUUCGCUGCCAUCGGUAAAGAUUGACCAGACUUUAUUUUCGUUUAGGAAUUCCUGGAAGAUGGCGUUAGGAUUAACACUUUUUUUUAACUGCGUGCCUAAUUCAAUGUUGACUGGAAUUGACUGAGUGACAAUGUCGUAUUCGUACUUGUACAUGUUGAGGUUGCUCGAGACUUCAAUGCAGUCUAAGAAUUCGUUAACUAUUUCGAUGCAUUCAGUAAAGAUUCUUUUGCGGUUUCUCUUACUUAGAUUGUGAUAGGUCAUUCAACGCAAAUAGGGAUAUUUUACCUGUGAUAUUUGUACAGAGAUUGCUACGUAUCGUUACGAUGUGACUGAAAUGAAAUUUUUUGAUUUCGAUAGUUCUUUGAUGUAUAUUUUUCUACAUUCGUACAUUUGAGUGGUAUUCAACACAGGCAUUAAAUGGGAAUCUUGAAAUUUUUAUUCAGAUUCUUCUGUACUUGUUUGAUUUAAUGAAAUUUUAUUAUUCCACCUACUGAAUCAUCAUAAUAAUGUUUUUCAUUACAAAACCUGAGAGAACGACAUUGUGCUGCUGUUCUCGUAUCAUAUGACCUGAGCACAAAGAUAGAUUUCGCUCUCUCUCUUGCUCACUUUCAUAGCUUGCAAAGUGAAAGGUCAGAUUGAAGAUAGGUGCGGUCACGUUCAUGUUAUGUUUAUCAUUAAUCUCUAUUAGUGUAUGUUAAUAUGUGUUUUUGUUGUUAUUCGUAUACAGACUGAAUUAUUAACGACUGCAUGGAUGGACCCUCGUCUGCAACCUGCAUGCGUUAAAAUUCAAGAGCAGUUGUUUGCCAGGGCAACCAACCGUCCGCGAUGUACGUAACCUCAAAAAUUUUAACAAUUUUGAGUUGAAGAUACGCCCGUUUCCUCCGACACGGUUUAAACGGUGUUUAAUUUUUUCCGCAUAGUUUAGAAAUAGGCUGAACUUGGUUUAAACUUCGAUUAACGUUGAAUUUAUCGGGCUAUAGCUGCCACUACUGUCACCAACAGACGUUAAAAUUUUUGAGGUUACGCACACCGUGUGGAACUGUUUAAAUUUAUGACGAUUGGCCGCCCUGGCAAACAACUGCUCCCAGAUUGUAGGGCAUACACAUUAGAUGUUCGUAGACGAGGGUCUAUGCAAUUGUUAGCAAUUCAUUCUGUAUAAUCUGUAUAUCGAGGGUUUCUGGUGAAAGUGCCGACUCCGAGCCACGCGAUCACCGCCAGCGUCAACACACGCACAACUUUUACGUGAACCGAGCGUAGCGGACAAAUGCUGCGAACGAAGACUUUUACAUGUGUUAGUGCUGGUGGUGACCGCGUGGCUCGGAGUCGGCAGUUUCACCAGAAAUUCCCGAUAUGUUUGAUGAUGAGAUUUUACCUUUGAAUUGAGGAUUUGUAAUAAAACCAAUAUGGCUGCCGUUGGAACACUUGGAAUAUCGUUUUAGCUCAACGAUUGUUUUUGGCACUCGGUAGACGCCAAGCGGUCUGUUACGUCUAAGAAAAUUACGAUAAGAGUAAGUGGAUUAUGGUUUUACAAUCAAGUAACUCCUAAACAUGGAAAAUUAACAUUUGAUAAUUUUUACGGUUUUUUUCUGUUUUCGUGACAAAACAGUGCUUGGUUCACAUGUUGUAUUCAUUUUUCGGAUUUUUAUUCGAUCGAUUCACUUAUAUGAGAAUAAACAAUUAUUUGUUUACAUAUUUUGGUGUUAUACUUAAUAAUUACGCUAUAAUUAUUGUACAUAAAUGUUUGAUGCUAUAAUUCAUAACAAUGAGCAACUGUGUAUGAACUCUUAUAAGCCUCUACAAUAUCAGAAUUGUAUAAUUUGGAUACAUUUCAUACAUUCGCUAAACUCACGUGUGAGAUUGUUACUUUACACUUUUAUAACAGCAGCAUUAUGUACAAUGCUAGUGAGUGUUUCAAGAUUCUAAAUUCAGUUGAUCACGUAUUACAGGACACAUGCCUAUAUCAAUAAAAACUCUAAAACCUCGCAGUA